UUUCGUCUUCAGAGGAGUGGUUGUGAUGGCCACCCCUCAGGUGUUAAGAGGUGGGAGAUAUUUCAGUGACACUGCACUCACUCACACCGACCUUCUCUGUCGCUUCUCCUCUCCGUCUGCACUGCAUUCAACGGAGAGCUGGAUUUUGGAUUUAUUAUUAAGAACUGAGGCUUGAGGACUUAGGAGAGAUGUGUGGGGUGUGAGAAAGACCUUUGAACUACGGACUAAACACAGGAUUCAGUGUGCAAUAAGUUGGAAGAAGUAUCAUGGAUGCAUUAGCUUUAGAGGCAAAAGGGGCUAAGAGUGAAAGCGCAGCAGCACCGGCAGCCCCCAAACCCAGACCAAAACCCCCCCAAAAAGCGAAACGAAUUGUUUACUUUGAGGUGGAGAUACUAGACGUCAAAACCCGGGAAAAACUACUGCUUCUGGAUAAGGUAGAGCCAACAGCCACUAUUUUGGACAUUAAGUCUUUGUUCCACAAAUCAAAUCCACACUGGUAUCCUGCCAGACAGUCGUUAUGCCUUGACCCAAAAGGAAAACCCUUAAGAGAUGAGGAAAUCCUCCAGGAGCUCCCUGUGGGAACCACUGCAACCUUCUACUUCAGAGACUUGGGAGCCCAGAUUGCCUGGGGAACUGUGUUCCUAAUCGAGUGCAUUGGACCACUUGUCAUAUAUCUGCUGUUUUAUUUUCGACUGCCUUUAAUCUACGCUCCCAAGUACGAGUUCACCGCCAGUAAGCAUUUGGUUGUGCAUAUUGCCUGUGUGUGUCAUUCCUUCCACUACAUGAAGCGAAUCUUGGAGACGUUGUUUGUCCAUCGCUUCUCCCACGGCACCAUGCCAUUUCGCAACAUUUUUAAAAUCUGUUCCUAUUACUGGUGCUCUGCUGCAUGGAUGGCUUAUUAUAUCAAUCACCCUCUCUACACACCGCCAUAUUAUGGGGAGAAGCAGGUGAAGGCAGCACUGGGAAUCUUUCUAUUCUGUCAACUUGGCAGCUUCUCGAUUCACAUGGCUCUGCGCAAUCUCAAACUACCUGGCUGUAAGACGAAGAAGAUUCCUUAUCCAACCAAAAAUCCUUUUACAUGGAUAUUUGCUCUUGUUUCAUGCCCAAACUACACAUAUGAGAUGGGAUCUUGGCUCGGUUUCACACUCAUGACCCAGUGUGUCCCUGUGUUGUUCUUCACUGUGGUGGGAUUCGUACAGAUGACGGUUUGGGCCAAAGGAAAGCAUCGCAGCUACCUGAAGGAGUUCAAACAGUAUCCCACACUGCGCUCCCCUAUCCUACCUUUCAUCCUAUAGCAGGAAAAUACAACACUAAAAAUAAGAUAUACAGAGGUUUUUCUUUUUUUUUCAAUCAAAUACAAGUCAGAGUUUUGCUAGCUUACAUAUAUAAAGUCUU